AUGCAGAGCGUGUUCAUGGAGGCACCCGCGUCCUUCAAGACCCGCCUUGUCUUUGGCAUCAUGCUCUCUGCUCUCCUCUUCCUCCAUUGCUAUUGGUACACGCUCUUCUUUGUGAUGCUGGGCAAGUACCUUUCCAAAGGCCAGGUCAAGGACAUCAGCGAGACCGAUGCAGAUAAUCGCAAGUACAACGCCGCCACAAGUAAAACGACUCACAGGCGCGCCAAGAAGGCCAACUGACGUCAAUGUUGCCUUGCAUCAUCGGUGGUCUGUCUGGCUGUUCAGACAAGAUGUUCACUUUGUCGAAAUUUAAUAGAAAGCGUCCACCAAUUACCCCAACCUUUACCCCCCGGUUCACGU